AUCUGAAGGCCAACGGACUAUGAAAGGAGGGCCAGCCGACGCUGACUUCACAUAUUUUCUCGGACACUACACAGCACCAAGAUCUUAAAUAUGGCUCCAAGAAAAAACAGAAAUGUUCGAGGACAGAAGGCUAAGAAGAGACCUCCCGACACUCCACAACAAUCUCAAGUGGCAGAAGAAUCCUCUGUGCCUUCUCCUGAGGAUGCAGAGACGGAGGAUAGGCCUAUUCAGGCCCCAAUCACUGCUCAGCCACACGACUCUCCUUGUGUUAUUGGCACCGUGAGGCCAGGCAGCACUGCUGCUACCACCAGCAUCACCACCGUCAUCACCGCCACAAACUUUACUGCAGGUUCCACAUCCACUGCCUCCACAGCUGCUACUCCUGCUACUGCAGAUGAAGAUGACGAUGAAGAUGAGACAGAAAAAGGCAGGGACACUGAUGGAGAAAAUGCCCAGCCCCCUGCAAAGAGAAGGCGUAAGGCCCCGAGGCCUCCUGUCGUCCUUUCCGAAGAAGAAAUGGUGGAGGUAGCUGAAUUCCUCAAGGAGAACGAUAGCCUGUAUAACAAAUCAAGAGACCUCUGGAGGGACACCCAGGCCAGAGCACGUCUGUGGGAUCAGCAAGGACAGGCCAUGGACAAGACGGGGUUGGAGCUGCAACAGUGGUACGAGAGUCUGAGGACAAAGCUUGGACGGCUAAAGAAGAAAGCACAAAAGAGUGGAUCUGGAGCUGAGGUCCUUACUGAUGCCAACAAGCGCCUGCUGCAGCUUUUUGACUUCCUCACCCCUCACAUGUACGUUGUGCAAAGGAGGAACAUAGUUAGUCUACAGGAACGUAUUGAGGCCAGAGGACCAGCACCUCGGGAGGAAGAGGAAGAAGAAGAGGACCAGGAGCGAGGGGUGGAAAGACAGGUAGAGCCAGCCCAGCCAGAAAACCAGGAGGAAGCUACCACUAAUCAGCAGUCUUUAGAUGGAGCCAGCAAGGAAAGCACUCCAUUCCCCAGGGGCAGCAGGUACAACAAGGGUAAGGCACCACAAAAGUCCCCGAGACAGCAGGAGACGGAUGUUCUGGAUCAUCUUAUCAAGAACCAGCAAAACAGCGAGCAGCUGAUGGCCCUUUCUGCCCAGGUGUUGCGUACACUUGACAGGCCCCAGUCACAGCAUCCAGACCGUGAGCAGUUCACUAACUACGUCGGUUCGGUGCUGCAGCAACUCCCUGAUGACUUGUAUAGGAAGGCAAACAGACUGCUGAGCAACUUGCUCCUUGACAUACAAGAUGAAGCCAGCACCAGACGCCAAGACUCUCUGUUCAUGCAGCAUCGACACACAUCACUGCAACCUCCCUCGGAUCCUCCAAUAGCAAGACCUGGUACAAGUUCAGGGGUCAGUCAACCCCCCUGCGGAGAUGGAUGGCAGCCCCCACCACACCUUUGGCCUACCAACCCAGUUUCCACCAGCGUUUGGCACUCCAUGAAGCAGUCCUACAUGGCGAACGUGAUACCUGGGAUGAACGACCAUUCAACGCCCUCCUACACCACCAUGCAGCCACGCUCCGCCAGCGCCCCUUCUCUCUCAGCAGGCAGAAGUUCUAGGGAGUCAAGUGACUUUAGUAUGACAAGCUUCUUGGCAAGCCUGAAUGAUUCAUCUCAGACGCCCCAGCAGCAGCAGACCCAGCAAUGUUCACAGGAAGAUUAGGGUCACCAAAUGCAGAGCAAGGAUGGCAAAAAAAUGAAAAGAAUAAAAGCAAUUGUGUUUUUGUUUUCCGGCUUUGGACUUUUUUGUUUAUCAGACUUGUCAUUAAUGAGGAAUGAGCCAGGAAGACGAUGUAGAUUUUUUUUUGGAUUAAACAUGAGAACAAUACUGAGAAGGAAACGAACAUAAAUCGGUCUUUGUUUUCAUUGAUUUAGUUUUUAGGAGUUAGACCCUUUAUCAUUUAUAAGUUUUUUAUCAUUGACUUGUGUUUUGCUAUGUUUGUAAAGAUUGUUUUUGUUGAAUAAAGUACGCACAGGUUGCAUAUUAAUGUUU